AUGGUUUCCGAAAUCCAGAAUAUUAAAAACCAUUCCAGAAGUAAGAAGCACCUAAACAAGGUGCAGUCUGUUACCGUGCGACAGCCUUCAGUUGCUCAAUUUGUCACAAACGCACAACAAGUUAAGAGGACGGUUGCUAAAGCUGAAAUCAAAUUAUCAGCAUUCUUAGCAGAACAUAAUGUGGGAUUUUUAGCUGCUGACCAUUUAUCCGGUUUGUUAAAAGAUAUUUUUCCAGACUCGGAUAUUUUCCAGGCACGUGCCAUUGUUUCUAAUGUUAUUGGGACGUCACACAAAGAAGUGUUGGCGAAAAAACUACAACACGCCAAAUUUAGCAUAAUGACGGACGAGUCCACCGAUAUCGGAACUGUGAAAAAUUCGUGCGUGGCGAUCCGCUUUUAUGACAAAGAUUCAGGAUGUAUUGAAAGUAAGUUUUGGGAGCUAUAUAAAGUUUAUGAAGAUGGAGACUUAAAUAUUGAGAAAGCUUCUACUGCAGAAAAUCUCUACAAUGGUGUAGUAAAAACGUUUAAACAGCAUAACAUUCCAUUUGCCAAUAUUAUUGGCUUUGGAGCAGAUGGUUGCAAUACUAUGAUGGGAGUUCGUAAUUCUGUAGCAAGCAGAUUCCGAGAUAGCUGCCCGGGAAUUUUUGUAAUGAAGUGUGUUUGUCAUUCGGUGCAUAUAUGCGCAAGCGAGGCGUGCAAGAACCUUCCAAGAGCUUGUGAGGACCUCGCGAGGAAUAUUUAUGGUUUUAAACUCAGUGCGAAGAACCAGGCAGAGUUAAAGGAAUUUCAGGUAUUUUUAAACUUGGAACCACACAAAUUACUACAUCCUUCACAGACACGUUGGCUGUCAAUGAUCGCGGUUGUUAGGACAGUGCUGGAAAACUGGGAUGCUCUAAUGCUGUUUUUUAACCAAAAAUGGCUUUCUGAGCGAGUUCUAAGUGCUGAACAAGUUUUUAACUGUUUACAUGACUCCUUUGCAAAAAUGUAUUAUAUAUUCUUAGAGUGGAUUCUACCAAAAUUUACUACUUUCAACGAGUAUUUCCAGUCUAGAGCAGUAGUAAUUCUUGACCUUCUUGACAAGAUUAGAGCUCUCUAUACAGAAAUACUUCUGUAUUUCAUGAAACGCACUUAUGUCAUGGGAAAAAAUCUCAGUGAUGUUGACCCAAAAAAUGCAGCUCAUCGUCUGGAAGAUUCACAACUGUAUUUGGGUGUGAAAAUUCUGAAGACCGCUGGCACACCAGAGAUAAAGAAUCACCCACAUCUUAUCAACGAUUUUUAUCAUCGAUGCAAGAACUUUUUUGUGAUUCCCAUCAAGAAGCAGCUGGCAGCUGGGAAAAGUGGAGGCUACAGGCGAAGGCAGUUAGCAGUUGACGAUGAGGUGAGCGUGAUGCACCUGGAAUUCCCCGAUUGA